AUGGCACCAGUGACAGCACUGGUCAUUCUCAUCCGGGCAGUGUUUGAGCGAGAGCCACCCAGAGACGACAGGCGAACCCUGCCCGCCCUCCUCGACAACUCCCAAACCCACGUCGACGACGCCCAAACGGGCGGCGAAUCCGACGACGCCCAAACGGGCGGCGAAUCCGACGACGCCCAAACGGGCGGCGAAUCCGACGACGCCCAAACGGGCGGCGAAUCCGACGACGCCCAAACGGGCGGCGAAUCCGACGACGCCCAAACGGGCGGCGAAUCCGACGACGCCCAAACGGGCGGCGAAUCCGACGACGCCCAAACGGGCGGCGAAUCCGACGACGCCCAAACGGGCGGCGAAUCCGACGACGCCCAAACGGGCGGCGAAUCCGACGACGCCCAAACGGGCGGCGAAUCCGACGACGCCCAAACGGGCGGCGAAUCCGACGACGCCCAAACGGGCGGCGAAUCCGACGACGCCCGAAAACGGGCGGCGAAUCCGACGACGCCCAAACGGGCGGCGAAUCCGACGACGCCCAAACGGGCGGCGAAUCCGACGACGCCCAAACGGGCGGCGAAUCCGACGACGCCCAAACGGGCGGCGAAUCCGACGACGCCCAAACGGGCGGCGAAUCCGACGACGCCCAAACGGGCGGCGAAUCCGACGACGACCCAAACGGGCGGCGAAUCCGACGACGCCCAAACGGGCGGCGAAUCCGACGACGCCCAAACGGGCGGCGAAUCCGACGACGCCCAAACGGGCGGCGAAUCCGACGACGCCCAAACGGGCGGCGAAUCCGACGACGCCCAAACGGGCGGCGAAUCCGACGACGCCCAAACGGGCGGCGAAUCCGACGACGCCCAAACGGGCGGCGAAUCCGACGACGCCCAAACCCAAACGGGCGGCGAAUCCGACGACGCCCAAACGGGCGGCGAAUCCGACGACGCCCAAACGGGCGGCGAAUCCGACGACGCCCAAACGGGCGGCGAAUCCGACGACGCCCAAACGGGCGGCGAAUCCGGUGUUCCGUCAGCAGGUAACGCCAAGGUACAGAUGGUGAAAACGGUUAUCCGGCUAUGCUAA